GGGAUGAAGGCGCUUCUUUGAACGGCCAACCAUGGAAGGAUCGAGCGCUUCCAGUUUUGGAAUAGACACGAUUUUGUCUAACCCCAGGUCCGGCAGCCCGGCGAUGAUGAACGGGGACUUUCGGACGGCCCACGGCGAGGCCAGGGCGGCGGAUUUUCUCCACCGGGCCACCCCGUCCCCUUGUUCGGAAAUAGACACGGUGGGCACGGCUCCCUCCUCGCCGAUCUCGGUCACCGCGGAGCACCCCGAGCAGCAUCUGGCGCAAGAUGGCCUGUCGCCUCAGCAUCACCAUCUUCACCACGGCCAACAUCCGGAACAGCAGCAGCCAAAAAGUUUGCAGCCGUCGCCCCAGCAACAGCAGCAGCAGCAGCAGCAACAGCAGCAAUUGAGUUCCUGUAGCUCUGCCCCCAGGACUUCCACGUCUUCUUUUUUAAUUAAGGACAUUUUGGGAGAUAGCAAGCCGCUGGCCGCCUGCGCCCCUUACAGCACCAGCGUCUCCUCUCCCCAUCCCGCCCCCAAACCGGAGAGCAACGCGGCCAGCGAAAGUUUCAGGCCGAAACUGGAGCAGGACGACAGCAGAACCAAACUGGACAAACGCGACGAUACCCAGAAUGAGCUGAAAUGCCACGGGGCAAAAGAAGAAGGGGAUCGCGAGAUUUCCAGCAGCAGGGAUAGUCCCCCUGUGAGAGCAAAGAAGCCUCGCAAGGCACGGACUGCCUUCUCCGACCAUCAGCUCAACCAACUGGAGAGAAGCUUCGAGAGACAGAAGUACCUCAGUGUCCAAGACCGCAUGGACUUGGCAGCCGCCCUCAAUCUGACUGACACCCAGGUCAAAACCUGGUACCAAAACCGGAGAACCAAGUGGAAGCGGCAGACGGCGGUGGGGCUGGAGUUGCUGGCCGAAGCUGGGAACUACUCGGCUCUGCAGCGGAUGUUCCCGUCGCCUUAUUUCUACCACCCGAGCCUGCUGGGGAGCAUGGACAGCACCACGGCGGCCGCGGCGGCCGCGGCCAUGUACAGUAGCAUGUACCGGACUCCGCCGGCGCCUCACCCUCAACUCCAGCGGCCUCUGGUGCCCCGGGUGCUGAUCCACGGCCUCGGGCCGGGGGGGCAGCCGGCCCUCAACCCCUUGUCCAACCCCCUCCCGGGGACCCCUCACCCGCGGUGAAGGACAUCACCGGGCGACUCGCUCACCCAGGCGCCCCCUCCUCCACCCCCGCCGACAGAUCCCCCCCUCGCUCCCCCCAGCAGAAAGGAGCCGAGGCGAGCGAGGGGGCGGGAAAAUCAAGCGGUUCUUCUAACGGAGCCGGAGGAGCGACCGGCUCGGAGCGAAGAGACUCUGAAACCCGUAAGUGACACGUAGCCACCGAGUCCCGCAGCGGCCCCGGAGGAGGGGAGGCGGGGGGGGGGUGGCCGGGAAAAGCCGGAGGGC